AUGGGCAUCGCCUUUGACUACUCGCCCGAGCGGCCAGAGAAUAUCGAUUCGAUCCUCAAUGGCCUGGAUCGCUACAAUCCCGAGACAACGACGGUCUUCCAGGAAUACGUCGCGCGUCAGUGCGAAAACCAAGAAUAUGACUGCUAUGCGAAUCUGGCGCUUCUGAAAUUGUGAGUGUCCAACACCCAUCUGGAAUAUCGCACCACAUGAUGAUCAAACAUUCCACGUUUCCUAUUACCUGAAGGGCACCGUGCUUGAACCCACGGCCUCCUGAAGCGAAACCGUAUAUUAGCUCUAUCUGAAAGAAAGAACACUUCUAUAUUAACUACAAACGCCCGCGAGUUUUGCAAGUAGUAUUGUGACUGACGCAUCAUUUGACAGAUAUCAAUUCAACCCACACCUCACGAACCAAGAAACGACAACCAACGUCCUCGUUAAGGCACUCACAGUCUUCCCAUCACCAGACUUCUCCCUUUGUCUCUCCCUUCUACCGCCCUACGUCCUCCUCCCUUCAACCACAAAAGAUGCUCCGCCUUCAUCGGGCUCCCUGGCUGAGGCAGUGCAGCAUCUCAAUGUCCUCCACAACCAGCUGAACAACGCACAAUACUCGGAAUUCUGGGCCACCAUGGACUCGGACGAUCUCUACGCCGAUCUCACUGCAGAUGUGAUCGGAUUCGAGGAUACCAUGCGCAUUCGCAUUGCUGUCGUCGUGAGCCAGUGCAUGCAAGAGGUUGGAAGGGAGAUUCUGGAGGGCUGGUUGAAUGUCACAGGCCCGAAGUUCGAGCAUUUUGUGAAGGACGUGUGUGGUUGGACAAUUGAGGGCGACAAGGUCAAGGUGCCCCUGAACAAGGAGAACGAGGCGCGUAGCGUGGUCCAGAGAGAGACCGUCAAGUUUGAUCAGUUUGGACGUAUGAUCAAGCGAGCGUAUGAGCAGCCUGCGUGA